ACCCAGCCAGCAUGCGUGUGCAUCACGCCAUCGAGCACUAUAGGUUGGCGGCGCAUCGCUGGUCUACAAUGUCAUUUAAUGUUCUUCGAAUGAAAAACGUACAGGAUCGCGAACACUCUAAACAGAUACUAUAAAGAGUACGCCAUGUGGAGAUUACAUGGAUUCGUGGGAAGAGUCCUGGGUCGUUACCAUGGCAACACCCCCCUCCGGCUCUCCCAAGGUCAUCAUGUGGAAGAUGAGGUGCUCAGCACCUCCACAGCGCUGUCCACUGGCCUGCACCCCUCUGACAGCGGCUCACAGAAAGAGGAGAAUGGGAGGAAGAAGCAGAAGAAGAAAACCUUCAAGUUCUGCAGCAGUGGACUGCCGCGCUACACGGCCCUGGAUGCAAUGGGCUGGGGCACAGCUGCCGUGCUUCUCAUGCAGAUCUGCAGGAAGAUCCACUCACAGUUCGCUGUGAACGAAGCUAGUCCUGGAUCUGGAGUCGGAACAUACAGGGAGGCAGGAUCACUGAAGAAGUGUGGUUAUCGUGUGCUGCUGGAGAUUUUGUCUCGCCGGGAUGUCCUCCCAAGGGGCGUGAGCGUCAACUGCCUGAGGUCUAGCCUGGAGGACAAGGGAAGUGGCACUGGGGCAAGUCACACCCCCCCGAUGCCAGAAAACUCCACCUUCUACGAUUCAGUGGGUGCGUCCCAGAGCAGUGACUCCCAAUCAGAUGAAUCCCUUUCUUCAGUGGAAAGCGCUCAUCAAGAAACUGCUACAGAAAAUCAUCUACACGAGGGCCAGAAGGAGUACCCUGCACUGGACGAGGAGCUCGCAGGUGCUGCAGACAAUCUGAGACACGUGGCCGAAUCCAGCGUCCCUGUUAUCCUGAACAUCAUUGGCAUAGAGAGCGCAAUAAAGGGGGACAGCCAAGCCGCUUUCUUGUGCUUUCUGGCCGCCACCAAGCAUGGCUACAGCAAGGCCCAGUUCAACACUGGCGUCUGCUACGAGAAAGGUCAAGGGGUCAGCAGAAACCUGGAAAUGGCCGUUGAGUUCUACAGACAAGCAGCAGCAGGGGGGCACAGCCAGGCCCAAUACCGCUAUGCCAUGCACCUCUUGCACAGUAGGGGGCAGCAGCAGCACACUGAAAACACACUCGUAGCAAUUGACCUACUGGAGAAAGCUGCUGUAUCUGGAGUGAGAAAGGCUCAGGCAUAUCUGGGUGUGCUGUUUACCCAAGAGCCUACUCAGGACUGGCAGAAGGCAGUGCACUACCUGCGAAUGGCAGCAGAGCACGGGGACGCAGUCAGCCAGCUGUACCUGGGGCACUGCUACAGAGAGGGCCUGGGAGUAGGGCGGAGCCUCAGCACCACCCUGCAGAUGUACCGGAGGGCAGCUGAAGGGGGAAACCCAGAGGCCCGGCGCAUUCUCUCUGCCUGGAGAGCGGGGUUCGUCGGCGUUCCUGAGAACGUGUUCCUGCGGUCGACUCGCUCGGCCCCCUGUUUCGCGUCAGCUGACCAGCUCCACUUCCUGUUAAGCGCAGGUUUCUUCAGCGCAGCGCAAGACAACCCCGAGUCUGGCUGUAGCAGCCGAACCCUCCCGCACAGCUGCAGCAUGGGCAGCAUCCACACCUGGCCCCUGCUCUCUCCGCUGCCAGAGCUACCCCAGGAGUCAGGGUCAUCAUUGGUGUCCACAAACACUGCCCCCUGUGGGUGGACCAUAGGAGUUGGAUAAUGGGCGCUUGGAGCAGGGAGGGUAGUCUGGGGAUGCAGACAGGUUAGGGAGACGGCUAGGGCUUCCUGAGAUUAAGGAUAAUGCUGAAUUCAUUUCAGUGAACUUGUGAAAAGAUGCUUGACUGUUUACAAUGUGAAACUUUGUGUCUGCAGGAAUGAGGUCCAGUGUUAUUCUCUAACCCAGGGGUGUCAGACUCCAGUCCUGGGGGGCCGCAGCCCUAUGUAUCUUAGCUCUUCCCCUGUUCCACCACAAAUGAUUCUGUGUGGUAAUUAGCACAAGGAGUUGCAAGAAGUUGAAUCAGGUGUGUUAAAUGAGGAGAAAUGAGGACUCCGGCCCCCCGGGACUGGAGUUUGACACCCCUGCUCUAACUGUACAUCCUCUUUGCGACCAUGGUUGGGUGAUAGCUGGGGAGGCAGCACAUCGCGCAAUAGAUGAAAAUGAACCAGAUUUGUAUCAAAACGGAACUUGUUUCUCCAGAUUUGCACUAUUUAUUUAUAGACAGAUCUGUUGCACUGGACUGCACAGAAAUCAUGGCCUGUAUAUAUGUAUGUAUGUAGAGAUAAAAAAGUACUUUGCCAAAGGAUGUGUAUGGGACUUAAGGCACUGGUAUCCAGUGAGAUGUGUGUAUAUAUAUAUAAGAUUAUGUUGUUUAAGUCUGAGCAUUUGUCAGCAGUUUCACAGAAAAAAUAAUAAAACUAGAAAAGUGUACUUAA